AGUCGCAGUUUAAUCCACGAUGGGCACCCUGCGCAGCCAGUAGGACCUGUGGAGACUGGCACCAUCAUGGGAGGAUGUGUGGGGAGAUACUUGGACGGCUGGGGAGACUCACGCAGCCGAGGCAAUGGUGGAAGAGGAGGACGUAACGAGCCACUGAAAAAAGAUCGACCCAAGUGGAAAAGUGAGUACCCGAUGACGGAGGGCCAAUUACGCAGCAAACGAGAUGAGUUCUGGGACACAGUGCCAGCUUUCGAGGGCCGUAAAGAGAUCUGGGAUGCCUUGAAAGCUGCUGCCAUAGCCCUGGAGUGCAAUGACCAUGAGCUGGCCCAGGCUAUUGUCAGCGGAGCCAAUAUCACACUGCCACAUGGUACUCUAACAGAAAGUUAUGAUGAACUCGGGAACCGCUAUCAGCUGCCCGUCUACUGUCUGGCACCCCCCGUCAACCUCAUCUCAGAAUGUUGCGAUGAAGACACCAACGACAACCCUGAACCCUCUGCAACGUUAAAAAAAGAAUUCCAGCUCAAGGUCCGGCUGUCCACAGGAAAGGACAUGCGUCUCAGCGCCAGCAUGGCUGACACUAUUGGUCAGCUGAAGAAGCAGCUGCAGGCCCAGGAGGAUAUUAAUGUGGUCCACCAGCGCUGGUUCUUUUCUGGUAAGCUGCUAACAGACAAAACACGGCUGCAGGACACAAAGAUCCAGAAGGACUUUGUGAUUCAGGUCAUCGUCAAUACACAGGCCUUUGAGGACUCCAAACUCUCACCUCCUUGCACUGCCUCCUCACCCACAUGUGAAUAAGUCCAGACUCGGAGGAGCAUCAGAGGCAGCCACUGGACGCUCCCCACACCCAAAUGCUGGAUAAUCCUGUUAUUUUUGACAACAUCUGCGUUUACUGGAAGACAAAGGUUGUUUGGAGGUACAGACUCAGCAAAAAAUACUUA